AAUUUUGGAAUAUUUUCCUCAAUGCCCCAUCCAAACGCAACACCCUGAAUCAUAGCAUAGCCCCUCUCUCACUUCCUCUCUUCACUCACUCUCUCUCUACAUACCACACAGACCUGACACAAACCAACACAACACAACCCCAUUCUCCAAAUCCAAAUUCCGCACAACCCUUUGCGCGAAUCAGCGACCCCACACUAAUUUUCACCCCACACCCACAUCCACUCACUCUCUCCUUAACUUCCCAUGCCACCUUCCCCUUCCUUCCCUUCGGAGAACCGAACCAAAUGGCGGAAGAAGCGGAAGCGGGAAUCCCACAAACGCCACUCCAAGCGUCACGACGAAGAUGAUGAAGACAAUGAUUCCGAUGAUGACCGUGACGACAACGACUCCGACGACCAGUUCCGCAGCCCUAACGCGCCUCCCAACACCGACUCCCGUGUCGAGAUCGAGGUCGUCUCACGUGAUGGAGUCCAGAUUUCGCGCUUCCCGCCGGCGAUCAGGCGGACUGUUACCCGUCCUCAUGCGGCGGUCACGGCAAUUGCGGCUCUGGAGUCCGGCAGGGGACACUCGCAGCAUGGCAUACCGGUUCUCGAGAAUGUGUCUCACGGCCAGCUUCAGGCUUCCUCGACUGUUUCUGCUGAUUGUCUAGGGGGUUUGAGCUUUGUCGCUGCCCUGCCUCCUGUUAUGAAAGGCUCCGGCGUUGUUAAACGGUUUGGCACUAGGGUUCUAGUGGUCCCCAUGCAUUCAGAUUGGUUUUCUCCAGCCUCAGUGCAUCGACUUGAGAGACAAGCAGUUCCACAUUUCUUCUCUGGAAAGUCACCAGAUCAUACGCCAGAGAAGUACAUGGAAUGUAGGAAUUACAUUGUUGCAAGAUACAUGGAGGACCCAGGGAAGAGGAUUACAGUCCCUAGUUGCCAGGUUUUGUCUGUUGGUGUUGGUAAUGAAGAUUUAACUCGAAUUGUGAGGUUCCUUGAUCAAUGGGGAAUCAUCAAUUACUGUGCUGAGAACCCAAGGCGUGAGUAUUUGGACAAUGAUACUUGCCUGACUGAGGACACUAGUGGUGCACUAUGUGUGCCAUCAGUGGCUUUAAGAUCCAUAGAUAGUUUGAUUGAGUUUGACAAGCCCAAGUGUAAAUUCAAAGCAGAUGAAGUUUAUUCAUGUCGAACAAUGCACAAUACAGAUAUUUCUGAUUUGGAUGACACAAUAAGAGAGUAUCUAUCUGAAAACUAUUGCCACUAUUGUUCUCGAUCUCUUCCUGUUGUAUACUACCAAUCACAGAAAGAGGUUGAUAUUUUACUCUGCACUGAUUGCUUUCAUGAUGGGAGAUUUGUUGCUGGUCAUUCUAGUAUAGAUUUUAUUACAGUGGAUUCAACUACAGAUUAUGGGGAUCUAGAUGGGGAUAAUUGGACUGAUCAAGAGACUUUAUUGCUGCUUGAAGCAGUGGAAGUUUACAAUGAGAAUUGGAAUGAAAUUGCGGAGCAUGUUGGUACCAAGUCGAAAGCACAAUGCAUUCUUCAUUUUCUCCGUCUACCUGUAGAAGAUGGAAAGUUAGAAAACAUCAAUGUAUCAAGUCUGUCCUUGUCAUCGAAUAUGAAUAAUCAAGAGGGUAAUGGAAGAUUGCAUUGUUGCUCAAAUGGGGAUUCUGCAGGAUCCAUACAUAACAACCAAGAUUCUGAUGACAGGCUUCCUUUCGCAAAUUCUGGAAAUCCAGUUAUGGCACUGGUUGCCUUUUUAGCUUCUGCUGUUGGACCAAGAGUAGCUGCAACUUGUGCUCACGCAGCAUUAGCUGCAUUGUCGGGGAAUAAUUCAGGGAGUGUGACAGAUAUAGAAGCUUUGGAAAAUGAUAACAGGGUAAAUUCAGAAAGCAUGAAUAAUAGAGAUGGUGGCCAUCAUGGAGUGGCUGCAAACUCAAGUCAGAAAAAUGGGGACAAGUCAAAAGUACCUGGUUCAUGUGCUCAAGAUGAGGCUGGGUCGACUCUGCUGUCUGCUGAGAAAGUCAAAGAUGCUGCCAAAGCAGGCCUCUCUGCUGCAGCAAUGAAAGCUAAAUUGUUUGCUGAUCAUGAAGAGCGUGAAAUUCAGAGGCUAUGCGCUAAUAUUGUUAAUACUAAGUUGAAAAGAUUGGAACUGAAGCUGAAGCAGUUUGCAGAAAUUGAAACACAGUUGAUGAAAGAAUGUGAACAAGUUGAGAAGCUGAGGCUGAGGUUCGCUUCUGAGCGGUCUCAUGUUGUUUCAGCACGUCUUGGAAAUGGUGGAACCAAUCCUCCAAUGAAUGUAUCAGGUGUUGGUCCUUCGAUGAUUAACAAUAAUAGCAACAGUAGGCAGCAAAUGAUUUCUGCUUCUUCCUCUCAGCCUAGCAUCUCAGGGUAUGGCAACAGCCAACCAGUUCAUCCACACAUGUCCUUUGUCCCGCGGCCUUCAAUGUUUGGAUUAGGGCAAAGGUUGCCCCUGUCUAUGAUACAACAAUCACAGGCUGUUUCUUCAAAUUUGAUGUUCAAUGGCCCCAGUAAUGUGCAGCAGCCUACUCCUAAUCAUUCGCUGUCGAGGCCUGUGUCAAGAACUAACUCUGGUUUAGGUUAAUUAGAGGUUCGGUGGUAGUUUUAAAAUAUAUAAGAUACAACUAUUGUAUUUGAUUAUUGUUUUCUGCAGUUCCGAGUAGUGCCAUGAAAUUUGUUUAGUUUUAGGUCCUGUAAUUGGUUUCAGUAAACUGUGAAAGUGUUGCUUAAAAGGGAAUAAGUAGGCAUUUGAUUUUCCUAAA